AUGUCACCUCAAAAAAGCAAGUGUAUUCUUUUUUAUGAAGGACCGUCCACCUGGGUUAAGGACUAUCCUCAAUGUGGGGGUACCAGCCAGUCUCCCAUCUCUGUGGAUACAUCAAAGGUUGUCCUUGACACAAAUCUAACAGCCUUCAACUUCAUGGGCUACGACCAAAUCAACAAGGUCAAGAUGAGCAUGAAAAACAAUGGACAUACAGUACAAAUAGACCUUAUGGGUAAUAUGAUGACGAUAUCACGUGGAGGUGUUAGCGACACAUACUGGGCUAAGCAGUUUCACUUCCAUUGGGGCUCUGAAGACAAGCGAGGCUCUGAACACGACAUUAACAACCGACAUUUCCCGAUGGAGAUGCACGUUGUACACUACAAUUCAAAGUACAACACUUUCGCUGACGCAAUGAAUCAAACAAAUGGACUGCACGUGCUGGCGUUCUUAUUUGAGGUAGGGGCAGUUAACCACCAUUUUGAUGAAAUCAUUCGCCAUUUUUACCAAAUUGCCCAUAAAGAUGAUCACGUUAAUCUGACUACGUUUCCAUUGGCUGAACUGUUUCCGGAAGACCUACAAGUUUACUACCGUUAUCAUGGUAGCCUAACCACUCCUCCUUGUUCUGAAAGUGUCAUAUGGACGAUCUUUAAAGACACCAUCAAAAUUUCCGAGGAUCAGCUGAUGAAAUUCCGUCAUAAUGUCCACCGGAACUACGCUAAUGAAGAAGAUCGAGACAUAUCCAAUGACUUCCGGCCAACGCAACCUCUAAAUCACCGCCAUGUUUACGCCAGCCACCCUAGUGCCAUUUCAAGCUCCACAACAUUGCACGAUAUUUGGUUUGAUAUAUGUACACUUGUCAACAUAAUUAUAGUAGUGAAUUAUAUAUAUAUACAUUGUAAAUGAAAUUAAA